UGCAAACUCACAGCGAACAACUACGGAUGACACAUAUACAUAGAUAUUUGUCGCGUAAAUACGAUAUACGUGUUGUCAGCUGUCAAAAGUCGAAUUGGAAACAAUAAUAAAAGACACAGGCUAUUUAUAAUUCGAUUUUUUUAGUUAUCUCAUCUCCAGGGUAACCAAAACUACACAAAUAAAUAAAAUGUAUUUGCUGUGAACGAUUCUAGUCAUUAUAUUUCCUAACUAGUUUUUUUUUUUUGUGAAUAAGUAGUACACGCACGCAAAAUGUUAGCAAUUUUUUCAUUUCUCUACGCUUAUGCACGACCAUUUAUCAAAUGGUUUUUACGACAUUUUACUCGACUGUGUGAAUUGCAGCGAAUCUGUUACGGUUUUGAAUCAGGUGCACCACGAAAAAAGAGCAUCGAGCAAUCAUUGGAACUAUCUCGACAAAAAAAAAUCAAAGACGUUAUCGAUCGAUUAAAUAAAAGCAUUGAGAGUGAUGUAAUAGCAGAGGAAUUUUAUGAUCAACAUAUUCCACAUGCGGUGUCCAUCAUAUUGAAAGUGAAAAAAAUUAAACCGAAAAUUCAUCCGGAUUUUGGUCCAAAUUUAGAAGUUUGCAUCAAAAGCAUAUGGAGCUAUCGUCGUUUGCUGUACGAUAUUGAGGAUAUACGUGCAACACCGUUUGAUAAUGCACAUCAUGAAGAGAAACUAUUGAAAUUGUGGCGUUUAUUGAUGCCAACGGAACCACUUGAAAGCCGUAUCACGAAACAAUGGCAGAACAUUGGAUUUCAAGGCGACGAUCCGGCAACGGAUUUCAGAGGAAUGGGUUUGCUUGGAUUGGAAAAUCUUCUAUACUUUGCCGAAGAGUAUACAAUGGCUGCACGUCACGUUCUAUCGCAUUCUUUCCAUCCUAUUCAUGGCUAUACAUUUGCCAUAGUUGGUAUAAAUCUUACAUCAAUGGCAUUUUCAUUAGUUCAAGACGGUCCAGCAAAAACGCAUCUUUACAAUUUAAAAACGAAUCAGCUUAGUGUAAAGCAUUUUCAUCGUUUAUAUUGCUAUUUAUUCUACGAAUUUGAUAAAUUUUGGGUGGAAUGUAAGCCAACAAGUUUAAUGGAUUUUUCAAAUAUAUACGCUAGAUUUUUGGACGAUAUUUUACAGCAAUUAGGUGAUGAUCGAACGGUUUUUAACUUGAAACAAGUAUUUAAUAUUUAAUUGAAAGCUGCGACUUUUUUUUAAUUUAAUAUAUGAGAUCAAAG